AUGCCCACCCUCAACGGCCGAGGUGUAUCGCGAGUAGCGAAGAAGCACAAACCAAUCGUUUUCGGAAGUUCUUUCGUCAGGCUGCUCGUCGGGCCACACAACCGCAGAUUCUCGGUGCAUGAAAACGUCCUAUGUUCCCGAUCAACCUACUUCAAGAACCGCUUCCAGAAGGUGCGCAAAGAUGCUGUCGGCGAGUGCGCAGUAUGUAUGGACGAUCUGGAGACAGCCGAGACGGUCUUUUGCCGGACCUGUGGUCAAAACUUCCACUCAAAGUGUAUGAAACAAUGGCUGGGAACCAAGAGCUCCAACUGCCCAACAUGCCGCAUGGCCUGGGAGAAGCGUACCUCGAAGACUUUGACGCACACGCUUGACCAACUCGACCCAGACGGCUUCGAAAUCUAUGUCCAGUGGCUGUACUCACACGAAAUUCCGCCCACCCUUGGUGCCGCCGACGAUCGCUUCGAGCGUUUGCUUCGAGCACACCUUGUCGGCAGUGCUCUAGAAGAUCACGACUUCCUUCUCGCUCUGCGUAGUGAUAUCGUUGGGAUUGCUGUGGAGUCUGGGCUGAGCUACAACGCUGUCGAUUUCGCAUACAAAAACACUCAUGAGCCAUGUGCUCUUCGGCGCUUCCUCAUCGACCUGUAUGCUCUCACCGGCAGCAUAGACAGUCUUAAGAACGGGAACGUCUCGAACCUAUUUCUUAUCGACAUGGCGCAAUCGUUCAUGGCGAAGAGCAAGCUCCUAGCGGAUGGCGCGACCGUGUGGACUAUGAUGGCGGCUGAAGGCCAUAUCGAGAUUGAGAACGAAGACGAACGGUCAUAA